UCUGCCCUGUGCAUUCAUUUGGCUGCCUUCCUGCUCUCUGUCCAAACUGCUUUUCUCUCAUUCAUUCACUUACUCACUUACUCACUAGAACCAAAAUGAGCACAAGGUUUAGCUACUCUCGUUCUUCUGGUCCCCUGGCUCAGAUGUCCAUCCAGCGCCCCUCUGCGUGCUUUGCGGCGCCUUCUUACCGGGCAGUCAGCACCUAUGGUGGAGCUGGUGGCAAAGAUAUUCGUAUCUCCUCAGCCUCCUAUAGCGGUUUGCAGAGUGGGCUGGGAUCCUCUUCCCUGUCCUCCUCUUUCCAAGUAAGUGCCUCUGGGUCCACAGGAGAAAUCAUGGGCAACGAGAAGAUGGCCAUGCAGAACCUGAAUGACCGCCUGGCCUCCUACCUGGAAAAGGUUAGGACCCUGGAGAAGGCGAACAGCAAGCUCGAGCAACAGAUCCGUGAGGCUCUGGAGAAGCGAGGCCCUGAUGUGCGUGAUUACAGCCACUAUCAAGCCAUCCUGGAUGACCUGCGCAAAAAGGUCUUCGAUGCUACUGUGGAUAAUGCCCGACUUGUGCUCCAGAUUGACAACGCUCGCCUGGCAGCUGAUGACUUCAGAGUGAAGUAUGAGGCUGAGCUGUCUAUCCGUCAGUCAGUGGAGGCUGAUAUUGUUGGCCUGAGGAAGCUCAUCGAUGAUACCAACGUGGGCCGCAUGAACCUGGAAAGUGAGAUUGAGGCCCUCAAGGAGGAGCUCAUCUACCUCAAGAAGAACCAUGACAAUGAGGUAAUGGAUUUGAAAAACCAGAUUUCUCAGUCAGGAGUGCAGGUGGAUGUUGAUGCACCUAAGGGACAGGAUCUGGCUCAGAUUAUGGCAGAGAUGAGAUCCAAGUAUGAGAAGAUGGCCCAAAAGAAUCAAGAGGAGCUCAAAGCCUGGCAUGAGACACAGAUCCAAGAAGUGCAGGUACAAGUAUUACAGAACACAGAGGCCCUCCAGAGUGCACAAACAGAAGUCAACGAUCUCCGCAGACAGAUUCAGGCACUAGAGAUCGAUUUGGACUCACAGAGAAAUCUGAAAGCUUCGCUAGAAGGCACACUGCGGGAAACAGAGAUGCGCUACAAUAUGGAAAUCGAGAAUGUUAAUGCCAUCACCAUGCAGCUGGAGGCUGAGCUGACGCAGUUGCGCAACAACAUCCAGCAGCAGACGCAGGAGUACGAGGCUCUUCUCAACAUGAAGAUGAAGCUGGAGGCUGAGAUUGCCACCUACAGAAGACUUCUGGAAGGCGGAGACUUCACGCUCGAGGAUGCAGUUGAGGAACAGAAAAAUAUCAAAGUGAUGACCGUCACACAGACACUGGUGGAUGGAAAAGUGGUGUCCUCAACCACAGAGACCAAAGAGAGGAAGUUGUAAUCAGUCACCAAGCUUUCACCAGCAGCACAACACUAACAAAUCAUAAGCCUGUACUGACAACUAUUCAAACAGUGGGUGGUGUUAAUAAGAUAUUUAUUGCAUCUCUAGUGCCUUAAUUAAUUUUGGUCAGUGCUAAUAUUUUUUAGCAUUAAUGCAAAGCAUGUCGAAAGGUAACAAGAACUACCAAUGAUGUUAAUGUCAGAACAUUUUUGUUAAAUAUCACAGAAAUGGUGUACAUUGUUCACAAAAUGUACGGUGUCUUGUUUGCUUGUUGUGUUGUGUCCAACUGGUCAUGUUCAAUAAAUCCAUGCCACAAUGUUCA